UUCCUGUCUACCGACAUCGACAUCAGCAAAAUGAAAGUAUUCGUUCUUUGUACACUCGCUACCUUGGCAUCCGCUCAAGCACCACCGGGUCACGAGUCUUAUGGCCAACGACAAGGUUCUCCUCUUCCACCCGGAAGUCCAGCGUAUGGCCAGCAGGCUACGACUGGGAACGCGAACGGCUACCCCGCGCCGCCUGGUCAUUCCUCUUACGGACAGCAAGCGACUAUAGGAGGACAACAGCGCUAUACAGGGAAGCGACCUCUACCUCCAGGCCAUCAGGGCCACGGCCGGCAAGCGACAACCGGACAAACCUAUCAUACUGGCAAAUUGCCUCUGCCGCCUGGCCAUUCCUCCUACGGCGGACAAGCCACUACCGGACAAACAUGUCAGACCGGUAAGCUCCCCUUGCCGCCCGGCCACAGUGGCCACGGACAACAGGCAACAACCGGAGAUAAUCCUCACGGCUACAGAACCGGAGUAAUCGUCCCGGGCCAUCAGACGGGUUUCUUGCCACCGGGCAGUCGAGGAUACGGACAGCAGGCUACCGUAGGAAAUAACCCGAACGGUUAUCGGACUGGAGCCAUCGUCCCCGGGAGCAGCCAAUGAGCUGGAUGUUCGAAGGAGAUCGAGUCAGGGAAUGAGAAGCGAAUCAAAUAAAGUAAUUCGAAA